AAAGUGGGAAACGCCUAAAUGGGGGGCGUUAUAAAAAGGAAGACCGCAGGGGAAAAGCGCGUUUGACCUUGUAAAUUCCGCCUACCUUUCAACUGAGGUUCAAUCGGCGAUUCAUCGCGACUGCAAAACCACAGCGAAACACAGACCAACUGCAGUCUCCGACACCUCCCGCACGAUUCUCAGCCACCGCCGAUUCCAGCUGUUCCUACGCCUUCCACGGGCGCUAAUCCAUCUCAGAAACUUUGAUUUUGGAGGAAUCGGGGUCAGCUAGUAGCCAUGGCGGACAUGGUGAAGGAGAUCUUGGGGAAGCCGAUCCAAUUAGCGGACCAGGUGAUAAAGGCGGCGGGGCAAGCCAGUUCCAGUAAGCCUGAGUGUGGGGAGUUGAAGGCGAAGACCGAGAAGCUUGCCCAACUCCUCCGCCAAGCGGCUAGAGCGAGCUCCGAUUUAUACGAACGUCCCACUCGCCGCAUCAUCGAUGAGACGGUGCAAGUCCUGGAUAAGGCUCUAUCGCUGGUGCUCAAGUGUCGGGCUAAUGGCCUUAUGAAGCGAGUCUUUACCAUCAUCCCCAACGCCGGCUUCCGGAAAAUGUUGGCGCAGCUCGAUAAUUGUAUCGGAGAUGUGUCCUGGCUGCUUCGAGUCUCCGCAUCAGGGGAUGAUCGAGACAAUGGAUGCCUGGGUCUGCCUCCUAUAGCGGCGAACGAGCCCAUUCUGUGCCUUAUUUGGGAACAUAUUGCGAUUCUUUACACGGGAUCACUGGAAGAUCGGUCCGAUGCGGCUGCUGCUUUGGUUUCGUUGGCUAGGGAUAAUGAUAGGUACGGGAAAUUGAUUAUCGAGGAAGGUGGGGUUGUACCCUUGUUGAAACUGAUGAAGGAGGGCCGUGUGGAAGGGCAAGAGAAUGCGGCUCGGGCGAUUGGGUUGCUAGGGCGUGACCCGGAGAGCAUCGAACAGAUGAUCCAUGCGGGUGCGUGUUCGGUGUUCGCAAAAGUCCUCAAAGAAGGUCCCAUGAAGGUGCAGGCGGUGGUGGCUUGGGCUGUGGCAGAGCUCACAGCGAAUUACCCGAAAUGCCAAGAUCUUUUUGCGCAGCACAACAUAAUUCGCUUGCUGGUUGGGCAUCUCGCAUUUGAGACGAUUCAAGAGCACAGCAAGUAUGCAAUUACCACCAACAAGGCCACAUCCAUCCAUGCUGUUGUGAUGGCGAGUAACAAUUCGAAUGCCACUGCUCUGAACAAGGGGGGGACUGAUCAUGACGAUGAUAGGCACACUCAAAUCCCUCGUCCUGUGGGAAACCAGAAUCCCAAUCAGAUGCAGAAGGUGGUCACUAAUACUAUGGCAAUGAACUCUCAAUCCAAACUUUCUCAGCGGCUCAACAAUGGGGCAAAUCAAACCAACCAUGUCAACUCUGAAAACGCUAAGUAUAAUCAUCAGCACCACCACCAUACAUAUUCUGGUCACGGCAUUAAAGGGAGGGAACUUGAAGACCCAGCUACCAAGGCCGAGAUGAAAUCAAUGGCAGCAAAAGCCCUUUGGCACCUCGCCAAGGGAAACUCGCACAUCUGCCGAAACAUCACCGAGUCAAGAGCCCUCUUAUGCUUUGCUGUCCUCCUGGAGCAAGGAAUUGGCGAGGUUAAACUGCACUCUGCUAUGGCGUUGAUGGAGAUUACAGCUGUGGCAGAGCAAGACACUGAACUAAGAAGGUCAGCAUUCAAACCCAAUUCCCCUGCUUGCAAAGCUGUUGUGGAUCAGUUACUACAGAUCAUUGAAAAGGCAGAUUCCGAGCUCCUUAUCCCAUGUGUGAAGGCUAUUGGGAAUUUAGCAAGAACAUUUAAAGCAACUGAAACAAGAAUGAUAAGUCCAUUGGUGAGGCUACUUGACGAGAGAGAAGCUGAGAUUUCUAGGGAGGCUUCAAUUGCCCUCACAAAGUUUGCCUGCACUGAUAACUAUCUCCAUACUGAUCACUGCAAGGCAAUCAUAAGUGCUGGAGGGGCCAAGCACUUGGUCCAGCUUGUGUAUUUUGGGGAGCAAAUAGUUCAAAUUUCUGCAUUAGUCCUCCUAUGCUACAUUGCUUUACAUGUACCAGACAGUGAAGAACUUGCCAUGGCUCAGGUCCUUACUGUGCUGGAAUGGGCAUCAAAGCAAGGGUGGUUCAUGGUCCAAGAUGAAACAGUGGAGUCAUUGCUGGAUGAGGCCAAAAAAGGAUUGAAGCUCUACCAAUCCAAAGCUUAAAGGGGAUUCUAUUGUUUGCUAAUGAAAAAAGUUCUCAUUCUUUUCACUUAAUUUUUUUGUUUAUGUUUUUACUGUUCUCAUGGAGUGUAUAUACAUUUAGUUGUUUGAAAUUGUUCACAGGGAUGCCCAAAAAUGCUUUUUCUUCUCUAA